AUGUGGCUCGCCGGCGUCGCUGCCGGUAUGCCAUGCUAUGGUGGUACUCCUAAGCUGUACCGGCGGGCAAACAUCCGGCAAAUACAAGUGCAGGAGUGCCAUGCCGACCUCGAACUAUACUCUAGUACCUGUUCUGCCUGCUACCGGUACCCACCGAUACCCAUCUAA